CGGUACAAUGUUGGGAAAUUUGAUAAAUAUCUGUUUGUUUGGAGAUAAUAUUAAUAAGGCUACUGAAAUUAUUGUAAAACUGCAUAAAAAUCAAAAUGAAAUCAUUGGAAUUCCAGAUAGUCUUACAAUUGCUACAUUUUUAGACUAUUGCAUUGAAAAGAACUAUUUCAAUGAAUUAUUAAAAUGCAUUGAAUACUCUUUAGAAGUCAACUAUCUUGAACUAGAUGAUUUCAUUUCAAAAAUUAUGACAAAAAUGACUUUGUCACCAAUGCAGCGUGCACAUUUAUCAAAAUUGGUUGGAACUGAACAUUAUGUUGAAAUUGAAAAUAAAAUUGAAUUUGUUAGUAGUUAAGUUUGUUUUUAUUUUAAAAUUAAACUUUAGUAAAUAUUACUUACUAUGAUUUUUUACUUCUAUAUUAUUUGAUGUUUCUGUUGAAUAUACUUUGUACUAAAAAAUAGUAUCAUAAUAUGUUAGAUCCUUUAUUUUAACAAUAAUUGUAAUUCAUUUAUUUAUACAUUUUACUAAGUUUGUUUUAAACAUUAAAAAUUAGUUCCUUAUUGGGUUUUUUAAUAUGUAUUAAUUUUAAUAGUUAUGCAAAUACUACAGAUAAAAAUCUGCCUUCACAUAAACUUGUUAAAUUUAUCAACAAAAUAUUUACAACAAAUUAAUCAUACAUACAUACAUACACACAUUACAAAUGUAUGUAAAAUAUCUUUUCUACAAUAAAAUGUAUACAACAUGAA